AUGAAACAACUUACGACCGCGCUUAUUCUUUUGGCAAGCUUUGCAUGCAAAGUUGACAGUUUGUGCAAUAGAGGAAUGGUCUAUGGAUUUGAAGACCUUGUUCCUUCUACCAACCUCACUUGGACUCCAUGUUUCGACGAUUUCACGUGCUCUAAGCUGGAAGUCCCAUUGGACUAUUCAAACAGAGGCCUUGGCAAGACGUCCGUCGCCUUUAUAAAACUGGCCGGAAAGAAUGCCACGAUCCAAUCGCCGAGCAUUGUACUCAUUCCUGGCGGUCCGGGUGGCUCUGGUAUCGAGAUUCUUCGCACAUAUCAGUCCCUGGUAGGGCAGAUGUUCGGAGAGCAGUACAACUUCGUGUCUUUCGAUCCUCGCGGGGUGAACAACAGCGGCUUGAAUCUUGACUGCUUCCGUGGGAAUGCAGAGGCAAGACUGACCUUCAAUCGACUGCAUAGCACAGGCGCUACCAACGUCUCAUCAGAGUCCCUCCAAGAGCAGUAUUACUCAGCUAGCAUCUACGGCGAGUGGUGCAACGAGGCCGUAGAAAAGGAUUUACCCCAUGGAUACUAUGUCACUACACCUGCUGUCGCCCACGACUUGCUCACAUUUGUCGAAGCCGAGGCCACAUUGGCCCAUCGGUCACCGUCAAAUGCCAAAUUAUGGUCUUACGGCAUGAGUUACGGCACCGUCAUUGGAGCGACCUUCGCAUCCAUGUUUCCCGACCGAGUUGAGAGAAUGAUACUCGACGGUGUUUUGGAUGCGGAGCAAUACUAUGACAACGACUGGAGGGACGUCGCCGACCAGAUGGACGAGACCAUCGAGAAGUUCUCUAGCUUGUGCCACUCCGCGGGCCCUGACAAGUGUUCUUUCUGGGGACCCACGCCGACUGAUAUCACGGCCAGAAUGGACCGGAUCAUCCUUGAGCUUCAGAGUCAUCCAGUGGCCGUAAGCAGAGCCCAAAGUCAAGGGCUACCAAGGCUGGUCACCUAUUCAGACCUAAAAGCUCUUCUUUUCAACAAUUUCUACGCCCCACGAUCAGGCUUUCCGGUCAUAGCUGAUGUUCUGCACCAGCUAGAGAAUGGGAACGCUUCGACUCUCGCGGGCAUGUCUAACGGACUAGGCAUUACGUCCGACGCUGGUUUUGUUACCCGAUGCGUUGAUUCAUAUCGAAGAAACAAGCUUACUACCAUUGAGGAGUUCAAGAGCUACGUCGAAGACAUGGUGUCUACGAGCAAGUACAUCGGAGAUAUCUACCCUAUUUUCGUGGAAACCAUCUUGUGUAGAUCAUUUCGGCCGCAAUUGCCUGAUAGCAUGGUCAUUCAAAACCCGAUAAGUGGAAUACAAAGACCUACGUCCUUCCCGAUUCUAAUUGCCAGUAACACGGUUGACCCUGGAACACCCGUGAAGUCGGCACGCAAGCUAUCUUCUCAAUUUCCCGGAUCGGUGCUCUUGUUGCAAGAAGGUGUCGGGGUAAGUCAGUCUUAA